AUCUCCACCAUCCCAUGACAGCACUGCAGGACCAGACUGAGGAGGGUCAGACAUCCACUGUCAAGAAAUGCAAAGGCCAAGGAAUUGGAUCUCUUUGUUUUUGUGGUGACUGCACGACCUGGCUUUGAAACCACAGUUUGUUGAUGUGAAAAACAGGAACAACAUUAAUUUAACCGAGAGGAUGUUUGGUUUCUCACUUUGGUCAUUUUACACUCAAGUAACAUUUAUGCAGAUUUAUAUUGUCUGUAAAAGUUAAUUUUAAACUGGUGUGUAUGUCUGUGUGAAUUUGCUUUUACUCGCUCCAUCGACAAAAUUGCUUCAAGGUUUCACUUUCCCAGGCUAAACAACAAUAUUAAUCCAAGAAAUCUAUUUGAAGUUCUGUUUCUCUCUCCAUACUGACUGCAGUCACUUGAUUUCAAACACUUUCAAACACACGGACUACAGUUUAAAAUAAUUCCUUUUAUCGCAGGUCAUUAGGGUGUGCAUGCUGCCAGACAUCCUUAUCACCAUUUUCCUUAGAAAAUAGGGAUGUGUGUGUGUUUGUGUGUGAUUGUCACAACCUCACAAUUCUGCUUCUGGUUCAAAACUGCUUGAUUCUUUGAGUCAAAAACCAUUAAAAUAUGUAGCUGUAAACCUCCUGGCCACUUAAUUAGGUACACAGGACAAAUAAUAAAAUGGGCAGUGAGAUCAUCUGCUGCUAAUGAAAGCCAUGAUCUGCUUCAAUGUUUGACAUGUUGCCCCUUCAAAGAUGCAACUCUACACACACUGGUUAUGUGGUUAAGUGGUUAUUUAAAUUACUAUUGACUAUCUAUAAUUUUGAGCCAGUCUUGCCAUUUGGUAUCAACAAGUAUAUGUUCUCUUUUUUAGACUAUUCUCUGUAAACACACAACACUAAUGGUUAUGUUUGUAAAAUCCCAAUAUAUCAGCAGUUUCUGAAGUAAUCACAUGUCUAAAGGCAUUAGGUUACUACCAUGUGAUUGGCUGAUCAAAUAUUUGCAAAUAAGAAUUUUAUCCCGUGUACAUAAUAAAGUGGCCGGUAAGUGAAUGUGUCUGUUUCAACCAGCUAUAUGGAUAGUUCACCUCAGAUCAGUGACUUUUCCUCUUGUGGAUCAUAUUGUACAGGAUGGUCAGAAUCCCUCCAAUGGCAACGUCCUGGAUAAAAACAACCCCUACGAUAUCGGCGAGCUUGCCACCUCCUCUUUGAUGGGUCUGGUGGCCACGAUAAAGGAGCAUAUCACAAAGCCGACAGCAAUGGCCCAGGGGCGAGUUGCUCACCUGAUUGAGUGGAAGGGUUGGGGUGGAGGCGGCGAAGCUGGGGGACAUGUGGGCGGUUGGGGCAGCGGUAAAGGAGGAGGAGGCUGGGGGGGGAUGGGCGCCGAGCUGCAGGAGGAUGAACAAUUCUACUCUCAAAUGACGGAUGAAAUCAAGGAGGCUCGCUUUGCCGCAGGUGUGGCCGAGCAGUUCGCCCUCGCUGAGGCGUCCAUGAACAUGUGGUCACUGAGUGACAACUUAGAGCAGCCAUCCACCAGCAUACAAGCAGCACAUGGUCACUUCUUGUCUCAGUUCCUGCUGGACGGUGGCAGCAUCGGCAUUCCUCAGCACCUGUACAACAUCCACAGCCAGACUUAUGGCAACAGCAGGAUGACCAACCUGAUCCCUGUGCCACUGGUGGACUCUGUCUCCCCAACAUCGGCCUCUCAGCAAGACAAAGAUCAUCUCUUUGUGGACAGAAGCACUGUGAUGGCAGACGCUACUGUCCGACACGUGGACAGCAGCUCGCUCUCUGAGGAUGAUGUUUUUUAUAACUAGAUUCGCAGGAGAACAAACCUGACUGCCAAUUUAAGAACUCACUGAGACAACUUGAGGCGGCUGAAACACCAGCAGUGACGGAUUUAAAAAAAAACAAACCCAAAAUGUUUGGAGGGAUUUUAAAAGCCUGGUCAUCAGAUUCAAAGACUCAAAGAGUAUUUUCUCCAUGGCUGAGACUUUUGUUCAUGUGUUUACUGUUACAUUUGAAUUUUGUUAUUCAGUGGACAAGAGUCAGAAUAUCACAGUGUAAAUAUCUUGUUAUAAAACACUCAUUUUAGUACAUGUCCUGUGUAACACUUUUGAUCCUUUUUUGUUGAUGAUUGAACAGAAAAGUCCAGACAGACAGACAUUUAAAGUUCUUAUUUGGAUUCCAUGGAGUUGAAAAACAAACAACAACAACAAAAAAAUCCCAUCCAUGAUGAGCUAUUAUUCACACUCCUCUUGUCUUAGGGCGAUGGAUGCAGAGAGAAGAUGAGUGGAAAACGGAGGAGGGAGCAGUGUGCGUAUGUUUGCUGUAUUUUUCUGCACAUAUGUUGACAUGAGCGUGUGAGAGAGAGAGUGAGAGAGUAUGUGUGUGUGUAGUUUGAAGGUGUUAAUGUUGCCACCGUGUUGUUUUUUUUGCACAGGUUUACACAAUGUGAAGCUACAGGAUAAGGUGUGGUUUAUUCCCCUGUUGCAUCUCUGGUGUUGAACUGAUGAAGGUGAAACAGAACUAAAAACAAUUCCACCGUCA